AGAAGGAGUAGUAGAAGAAGACAGAGCUCUCCUGUAGAUGAGUUCCUCCCUGUUUAGUAAAGAAAGGCAAUCAUUUAACUGUAUUUUUUAAGAGUUUGGGUGAAGACUGAGCGCCAAAUGUUUAGUAAAUGUUAAACGAACAUUGAAAGAUAAGCUAAGAGCAAACAUGAGUGCAGCAAUAGGAGAGAUUCCCGAAACAGUUAAAGAGGAGGACAAAGAAUAUAAGACGGAACACAACAUCCUUGAAGCUGAUGUUCAGCAGGGGGUGAUUGUUAAAGAAGAGGAACCUGUGGACUACAGACCAUAUGCUCACCUGAAUGACCCAAAGCCUGAACACAUAAAGGAGGAACAGGAAGAAAUCUACGUCAGUCUGGGGGGAGAGCAGCUCAAUGCAAAGGAGGAGAUGGAAGCCAUCAGCUUUCCAGUGUCUGCUUCUCUCAAUAACAGUGUGAAUGAUAACCAUUCCCCUCGGCUCUCUCAGCUUUAUCCAGACCAGUUUACAGGCAGAGAGAUUCCAGAUGGUUCUAUUUACUUAAAGACUGAAGACACUAUGGAGGAUGAGGACAAUGAUAUAAAACCUUCAGUCUCUGAGCUGAAACACUUGUCAGACUUUGGGCUAACGACUAAGGACAUGGACAAUGACUGGAAGUCAUUGUCAUUGGAUGAAAAUAUGAACAAACCUUAUAGUUCCUCUAUGUUUAUUGAACAUUUUUUUCAUCCCUUUGUUCAAAACGACUCAAUCGAUUCAGAUACAGAGUCUUCAAGCUUCCCAAAUGAAGGCUCACAAAGGGAAGUCGAGCCAGGAUUAAAGUUUAGCUGUGAAGACUGUGGUAAAUUAUUGACAGGAAAAAGCAGUUUAAACAGACACAAGAAACUCCACACUGGACAGAAACCCUACACCUGUGAUGUAUGUGGGAAAACAUUUAGCACAAAGACAAAGUUAAAUACACAUAUGAAAAUCCACACAGGACAUAAACCUUAUAUCUGUGAUCUAUGUGGACAAAGUUUUAGUGUGAAUGGACAUUUAACCAGACACAUGAAAAUCCAUUUAGCAGAAAAACCUUUUUCUUGUGAGCUAUGUGCAAAAGGAUUUUGUGAAAAAUCGUCUUUGAAAAUACACAUGAUAAGCCAUUCUGGACAGAAACCUUUCUGUUGUGAUCUGUGUGGACAACGAUUUGGCUUAAAAAACAGUUUAACCAGACACAUAAAAAUCCACACAGGACAGAAACCAUUUUGUUGCAAUUUAUGUGGACAAAGUUUUAGUCGAAAAACACUUUUGAACUCGCACUCAAGAAUCCACACAGGACAGAAGCCUUUUUCUUGUGAUCUGUGUGGACAAAGAUUUAAUGAAAAAUCAACCUUAACCAAACAUAUGAUGACCCACACGGGACAUAAACCUUUCUGUUGUCUUGACUGUGGGAAAAAAUUUAGGCAAAAAGUACAUUUAGAGACGCACAGUAGAAUCCACACUGGACAGAGACCUUUCCCAUGUGACAUAUGUGGAAAAAGAUUUAGUGAAAAGGGAAAUCUAAGUACACACAUGAGGAUCCACACAGGACAUAACCCUUUCUGCUGUGAUCUUUGUGGGGCAAGAUUUACUGAAAGCACAAGCUUGAAGAAACACACGAAAACCCACAGAGGAAGAAAAAUGGCUAAGCUAUGAAUACACAAUAAAGCCACUUUAAGAAAAAAUCUUGUAAAGUUUCCCAUCAAAAAAGAUGUAAAAUACAUUAAAUCAUGAGGUAUUUACACCCCAAGGUUCCAGAGGUUAUUAAGUCUUACAGUCAUGUGUUGAUUCCCUGUGUUGUCUUUGAUUUGCACUGUUCUCUUACAAAACAAUGAUUUUAUCAUUUUACUGUAUUAGCUUAACAAAGUUACCGGAUGAAAUGGGGUGAUCAGAGCUCUAUAGUUAUAGUGACUUAAUAUCACAAUGUUUUUGGUUUUGUUUUUAUCACUGCUACUUACGUUAUCAAGGCGUUACUUUAAAAAAUGAAAUUGUCUAGAGAGCUGUUCUAAACAAAAUUUCUUUUUGUUUAAACUUGUGUUUACAAAAUGAC